AUGUCGUCCUCUGUCGUGCGAAGACGCGGCGCCGGCGGUGGUGCAGGAGCCUCCAGCUCUAGCACACCCAAUGCCAACGGUGAUGGUGGCGAAGGGUCAUCGACCAGGACGCCUAUUCCGGCUUCUGGUGAAGGCACGUCGGCCACCAGCUAUACCUCCGAAGAUGGCGGAAAGGUCGUGUUCGAUCCCAGGGAUAUCAGCGAGAGCAAGGAGAGGAGCAAGCAGCCUAAGCUGACAUUGAUGGAGGAGGUAUUGCUUUUGGGUUUGAAAGACAAGCAGGGAUACCUAUCUUUCUGGAACGACAACAUAUCGUAUGCGCUACGCGGCUGUAUCGUGAUAGAACUCGCCUUCCGCGGAAGAAUCGCUAUGCAAAAAGAUGCGUCCAGACGGCGGUUCCCAUUGGCAGACCGAUUGAUCGAGGUCGUUGAUGAUGCGCUUACCGGGGAGGUACUACUGGACGAGGCUCUUAAGAUGAUGAAAUCCAGCGAAAAGAUGAGUGUCAGCUCUUGGAUAGACCUUAUGAGCGGCGAAACAUGGAACCUCAUGAAGAUCGGCUACCAACUUAAACAAGUCCGCGAACGUCUGGCCAAAGGCCUAGUCGACAAGGGCAUCCUCCGCACCGAAAAGCGCAACUUCCUUCUUUUCGACAUGGCCACCCAUCCUGUCGCCGACGGCGGCGCCAAAACCGAAAUCCGGUUGCGCGCCAAAACAAUGCUUACAGCUAGAACAAUAGUCCUCCCACCCACCGAGUUUUUGCCAGAAGACAUGGAAUUCAGGUAUCUGAGAACCGUGGCAAUGGUAUGUGCGGCCUACGCCGCCAACGUACUCGAAAACGCGCUCUCUACUCUGGGGUACGACGCUAGAGAACGGGCUUUUGCGUAUGUGGAGGAGUUACUUGCGCUUUUCUCGCAAUGGCCGUUUGGAAGGCCAACAAAUACUUCGGGGAGUGUGGGACAGAAUCUGGGACAGAUAACCCUAGAGGAGGUCAAUAGUAAUAAGGAUAAGGAACUGCAGUUGGAGGUUGUCGCUGCAUGCCUAAGCGUGUUCACAAGACUUGACAGUCUACUCUAA